AUGAACUUUAUUAAAGAGAAUCCAUCGAAUUCAAUUGCAUCAACAAAUGUUGUUUCGUCUCCUCCUCGAUCAUUGGAGAACAAAAUAAGUCGAAGAUGGGGCACAAGUGAACGAACGGUGCAUGAUAGUUCAUCAUCAGCAACAAAUAAUACAGGCCCAUAUGUUCGUCGUCGAUCAGCUACUGGUACUAAUGAACCAUCAACACCAACAACGAUUGUUAGUGUAACAACAUCUCUUCCACCAACAACAAAUGUAACAGUAACAACAACAACAAAUACACUUGAUAAUUCAACAAGUGAAAAAAGACGAUCAAAUGUUCCACCAAGUCGUGAUGAAGAAGCUGAAGCACAAGAAAUAAAUAAUUUACUUUCAACAGUAGAAGAAAAUACAAAUGAUAAUAAUCAACAAGAAUUUUUAUCAAAUAUUGAUAAUGAUAUUGAAAAAGCUAAUCAACAUAUGUGUCAUUUACUUGCUGAACUUGAUGAAAAAACUCGUCGUAUUAAAGAACUUGAUUUAUUACUUAAUCAAGAAAAAGAUCAUUGUAAAGAACUUGAAACAAAAUUAAAAGUUGUUUUAGAAUUACAAGAACGUGAUGCUCAUUUACAUAUUCGUCAGUUAGGACAAACUGAUGCUGAAUUACGUAAAGCAAGAAGAGAUACUGAACGUGUUAGAAUUUUACAACAACAAUUAGAAUUUAAACAAAAACAAUUAGAAGAUGUACAAAAAGUUCUUGCUAGUGGACAAACAAAAUAUAAUGAAGAAUCUAGUAAAUCACAACAUGAAAUACAUGAAAAAUGGAUGGAAGUAAAACGAUUAACAAGAGAACUUGAUGGAUCAAGAAAAGAAUGUGAAAAUCUACGAAAACAAAUUACUAAAUAUGCAAACAAUCAACGUUUAUCUCAAGAGCAAACAAUGCAUAAACCAAUAACACAACAUAUCAAUAAUAAUAGUCGAAUAUCAAGUGAAGCAGACAUAAAUAGUAGCUCUUCCUCCUUACCACUUCCAUAUAAACAAGAAGAAAGGCUAAUUGAACAAAGUAGCAAUUCUAGAACUACAAGUCUGAUCAAAAUGUUCAAGACAGAGCCACGUUUUAUUGUUUUACCUCGACCAUGUUUUUAUUCACAACCAUUUAUAUCUUCACUAGUAUCUAAUCGAUUUAUGUUAUCUAAUCAAUUUCUGAUACUAUAUGAUAGUUCACAAAGAAUCAUAAAUCAAAAUGACUUUUUAUCUGCUAAAAAAAAAUAAAACAUAAAGAUCUCAAACAAUUUUUCUUUUUAGACUUGUACACGUUAGAACAAGAAAAAUAGUAUAUCAAAAUGUGUUCAACAAUAAGCUAAAACAGCCAAGGAGGAACAAACUGAUUUCGAUUGCAGAAAUCAAGAAAAACGUUUGAAAUCACUAGAAAUCAUUGUUGUUGUAUAUAUUUUUAUAUAUCAAUUUCUCAGAAUUUUGGAUAUUCAAUAAAAAAAAAGAGUAUCGGCUUCUACGUAGUAUAGUUUCUGUUGGCUUUAUCGCAAAAAGAAUAGUGAACGAAAAAUUUUGAAGCUUUUAUUUUCCAUGAGCAAAUUAUAGUCGUUUUGCAUAGACAUUUAUCAAUCUAUCGAAUAAUUCAUGAAGUAAUUAAUAUAAAUCGUUUUAUACACAAUUGAAACGUGACUGGAUAUCUUUCGAUCAUCGUUCGAUCUCGAUAUCUACGAAUUUAUCGUCUAUUGUCUUAUUGUACGUGUUCUCUAUUUCAUUUAACUGAUCAAAGGGGCAAACAUUUUCGUUUCUAUUCAUUUCUAUCUUCAACAAACCUUAUCCUUUUGUCCGUCGAUUUUGUUUACGUUUCUUUAUUUUCACUGCCGAGGUCAAAGACAUUCGAGGACAAUGGUCGGCUCUGGUAGAUUUCCAGCGAAUUUUGAAAGCAGGGUUUCUCAGCUGCUUUCGGUUCCAGCUUUGUUUCCAUCGAAUACUAGAUCUGGAAGCGAUUUCCAGAUACUAUUGCUGGUCUCUGACGACAUUCUCGUUUCAGAUCCGAUUACGAAACUCGGAUCCGGUCGUUUUAUACUGAUCAUCAGGUUUAACACCAUUGAACUGCUUUCUAUGGGAAUAUCUUAAAACAAAUGCCUACGGAACACUAGUACACGAUUUAGAUGAUUUAAGGACUAGAAUAUCGAAAGAAAUCGAAAUAAAAAACAAAGAAACUCCACAUGAGUGUUUUUUCAGAAACUGUAAAAAGUCUAAAUUUUUGUAUUGAUGUCAAAAGCAAUACUUUUGAACAAUACUGAUAAAUCUUGUCUUUAUGAAGUAAACUUACUACUCUUGUUUACCAAAUAAAAAAAUUACUAGAUAAAGCUUUAUUAAUAGGAAAGUUAUACGCAUUUCUUAAAUGAUCAGGACUUUUGUGACACCCUUUAUAUAACUUUAAUAAAAAGAUGAUAUACAAUGUUUUAAAUACUUCGUUUUUUUUUCAGUUACUGGUGGUCUAUCAAUUGACAUAUUCCAUAAAAGAUUUGAAUGAACUGCAGAAAGACAAGGAGCCAUAACUUCUAUAAGAUAAAUUCAUGUUGCUGCUUUUUUUCUCAUAAAGAUAUGAGUGUUAAAAGUCGGUAUUGGCUAACUUUUCAAAGGAAGGGUAUUAGAAACUAAAAUUUUUAGAUUGAUAGUUUCAGACAUUGAUGGUUGGAAUGCGCAAAAAAAUCAAAAUUUUUUUCUUUUACCGACUGUCUCAUAUAUUGGGGUCAUCCCAGUGACUUAAAAAAUAAAAAAAAUUUCAUGUCUUUCGUGAAUUUUAUAUCAAAAACAUGAAAAAAAAAUGGCAUUUGUGAUGAUGAAAUUGACAUAACAAUUGAUGUUUUUUCAAAUCCAUUGGUUAAAAGCGAUAUUUUAAUUAAAAAAAUGCAGUGAAUUUAUUUAAAAGUCGUUUUUAAUCAAUAAAUUUGAAAAAACAUUGAUUUGUAUGUCCGCUUCAUCACCAAAAAUGUCAUUUUUUUCAUAUUUUUGACAUAAAAUUCACGAGAGUCGUGAAAACUUUUUUUUAUUUUCCAAGUCACUAAGAUCCUCGGUUUUCUCAAGGAGACUCUCUUAAUUUGGUGGUAAAAAAAAUUCUAAUUCAUUCUAUUAUUUGACGUUAUAUUUCAAUUUGUAGUUAACUAUGCUCUCUUUUUUUCUGUUGUAUUUACAUCUUUUUUUGUAUUGUCUGACCGUUUGGCCUUGUUCUCUUCAUAUAUAUUUUAUGCUCGUUGAAAAAAACAGCCGGCGCCGUUCAAAUCAAGAAGGAAAAAACUCAAGAGACAGCACACUUUCCAUUACUUUCAUUAUUAUACAUUAACGAGAUAGUACAAAUUUCCUUUUCGAUUGUCUAUUCGAACGAUUCUGAAGAAUGAAUAGUAGUGUGCGCAUAGCAAUGGAUUACAGGAUUUACUGCCGUAUGCUUUACUGCCGUUGUAAACAUUUAUUUACAAAUAUUUUUUUGUCACAAGUUAAAACACAAGCUCUUUCAUAGUAAAUUAUAUGAUUAUGUCAGAUAAUUCUAAUGAUCACAAUAUUAACUUUAAUUUGAUUUUUUCUAUGUCAAAGGUUUGUUUUCCGCGUCAAAUGUUCGUGAAAAUGUAUUGAAAUCUAACUAUAGUUUGUAAUCUAUUUCAUAUUUUGAAAGAAAAUUUUUCUAUUUUCUAGCUCAAAAGUUCUGUUUUCAUAUCAAAGGUUCGUACAAAUACAUUGAAAUUUAUCAAUAGUUCGUAAAAUGAACAGAUAAAUUGAAGAAAAAAAUGAUUUUCUAUGUCA